GCUUAAUCUCCUUUUCCAGGCGUUGACCGUCAUCAAACCAGCAAUGCACGCUUUCGAUACCGUCACAGACCAUAGUCAUCCAGACAAAAUGCUUUGUUUCGCAGAUAUCUCCCAAAGCCCUGCCAUGGUCCACUCCAUCAUGUUCGCCGCACAGGCGUUUCACGACAUGUCGCUGGGGGCCUCAUACGGACCAGUGACACGAUUCCAUCUAGCAAAGACCCUCCAAUAUCUCCAGCAAAGUCUGGGAGAUAGGAUAGAAGCCACAAAAAGUUCCACCAUGACUGUUGUUGGACUUCUUUCAUUGGCAGGCAUUAUUGCAGGGGACCUGGAAUCAGCGGCAAAGCAUAUGGAUGGGCUACAGAGAAUGAUUGAAUUGCGCGGGGGCUGGGACUCACUCAUCGACCGAGAGACAAUAGAACACAAAGCUAAAACGAUAGAUCUUUAUCUCGCCGCUGGCACUGGUAGCAAGCUGCGCUUCGUCGAAGAUAUGUCCUGGGGCCCCCAUAUCGCUCAUGGUAGACUGGCUAGCCUUUCUCCGGAGCUGAAAAUGGUACAUCCACGGCCUGAUCCAAGACUCUUGAACGUUUGGGCCGAUAUACGGGAAUUUUCUAGACUCGCCAACAAAGCCACGACCACGGGGGUCAAACUGGCGGCCACAUCUUUCUUACAGCUCAGCAGGUCGGCACCAUACCGACUGCUCUCUUUGCAAUGUGUCCACCCUUUGCACGAACUAUUGAGGCUAUCCAUGCUUGCAUUCCUGAAGCCUCUCCUGAUCAAAAUACCUGGAGUGGGCAGAAAGAUGACUUACCUUGCAGAGAAGCUCAAAGCCAGUUUUCUUGAGCAGACGUUCCCACCUUUGGUUGAACAGGCCAGUCUUGUUCUCUGGUCUUUGUUUAUAACGUGCUUAUCAAUCUUUGAAGAACAGGAUCAGAAAUGGUUGCGAGCGCUGGUGAUACAAACCAUGGACACACUUGGUCUGAGAACAUGGGCGGAUACUAGGGCUGUUCUCAAGAGCUUUUUGUGGGUUGACUUGGUACUUGAUCAGGCCGGUGAGAGGGUGUUUGAGAGAUGUGUACACCUUCAAGGAUAUAUAGAUAGAUAGACUGACAGAUGUUACCAUUUAUUGCGGCAAUAUACCUUCUCAGUUACC